AUGCUUGAUAGAUAUAGUUCUUCUGAACGCCGGCCUGAGAAUGAUUCCACCUUGCUCCAUAUUGCCUCUUCCGCUGGUCUAUUAAGUGUUGUAAGGGGUAUACUCUUGAAAAAUCCCGAUAUUGAGCAAAUUGAUGGCUCAGGAAACCGGGCUCUGCACCAUACAUGUCGUUGGGGGCAUAUAAAUAUUGUCAAAGCUCUACUCGAUAUAGGCGCGGAUUUUGAAGCAGAAAAUCACGGCAAGUGUACAGCAAUCGAGCGAGCAGCAGCUAAUGGACAUGAAGAGGUAGCUCAGAUGCUAGUUAAUGAAGGUGCAAAUGUCAACAGGCAGACUGGACCGACUGGCAACCAAGCGAAUGUCAACGCUCAAGGCGGGCAGUAUGACAACGCUCUCCAAGCUGCAGCAGUUGGGGGCCAUCAAGCAAUUGUGCAGCUGCUCCUCGACAACCAAGCGAAUGUCAACGCUCAAGGCGGGGAUUAUGGGAACGCUCUCCAAGCUGCAGCAGAUUGGGGCCAUCAAGCAAUUGUGCAGCUGCUCCUCGACAACCAAGCGAAUGUCAACGCUCAAGGCGGGGAGUAUGGCAAUACUCUCCAAGCUGCAGCACAUGAGGGCCAUCAAGCAAUUGUGCAGCUGCUCCUCGACAACCAAGCGAAUGUCAACGCUCAAGGCGGGCGGUAUGGCGGGCGGUAUGGCAACGCUCUCCAAGCUGCAGCAUUUGGGGACCAUCAAGCAAUUGUGCAGCUGCUCCUCGACAACCAAGCGAAUGUCAACGCUCAAGGCGGGCGGUAUGUCGGGCGGUAUGACAACGCUCUCCAAGCUGCAGCAUUUGGGGGCCAUCAAGCAAUUGUGCAGCUGCUCCUCCAGAACGCAGACUUAAAUUAUCUUCAUCCCAACUUCGCUGAGGACCAUCGCUUGCAGGCUCCCGGCACUCAAGAGAUUAUAACAAUCUUACUCGGAAGUGCGGCUAAGAUAAAAUCUUUUCAUUCCGAUGUCCAAGAAGGUCGCGACUCCGCAGUUGCUUCAGCACUUGAGAGUGGCAUGAAACCCGACGUCCCUGGUGGCUUGCACUUGUAUGCUUUGCAUACUGCAGCGGGUCAAGGAAACCUUUCAAUUGUUGCUUUGUUGUUAGCGAAAAGCAAUGCCGAGCUUAAUAUAACAGAUUUCGCUGGUCGAACCCCGCUUUGGCUAGCUGCACGAUCAGGCCAUAUUUCUGUCUUAGACAAACUCUUUGAAUCAGGAACAGUGGAUAUCAAUCCUCAGGAUCUCGAAGGUAGAUCAGCGCAUUGGCAGUCCUCAGCUCGUGGAGAUCGCAAUGCUGUUGAGUGGCUAUUAAGUCGGAACGCUGAUCCUGACAUUCCAGAUAAUUAUGGAAUGUCACCCUUGGAGAAAGCUCGGAUUGAAGGAAACAAAUCUGUCAUAGAAGCUUUGAUUCCACAUAGUCGGUCUACUAAAACCCUCAACAUCACCCGAAAUCCUCAGUUUGGUAUUGCUAUCCUGGCAUUUGGAUUCUAUUGGGUAACUUUAUCUUGUAAAGCAUUACUUAUUCAUCUGGGCGUUAUUGUUAGACAUCGACAGGAAGACUAG